AUGGCGAUGAAGGAGAAGGUCGCAGCGAUGCGGAGGAGGAUCGCCAUGGUCUCCUCCUUCCCAACUUCCCUCCCUUCCUCCUCCUCCUCUUCAUCCGCUGCUGACUUGGGGGAAACUCGCUUGCUGCCCGCAGGGUUCUCGUCAAAGUCGACGGUUGGCGUCAUGCUCAACGGGUUUGUCAUCGAGGGACUAGUUGUUGGAGGCCCCGCCUUCUCCUCCCAGGCCCUAGCUAGGGGGGAUGAGAUCCUGGCAGUGGAUGACCAGCCUGCGUCAUCGUCGCAGGUGCUGCAUGCUCUACUUCGAGGAGACGACGUACCGGGCUCGCAGGUCAAGCUCUCCUUCCGCAAGCAAGGAAAGGCAGAGGUUCGGCAAGUGGUCUUGAGCCGCAUGCGGUCGGAAGAAGUGGCGGACAAGCGACGAAUGCUUGAGUUGUUUGCUUGCAUCCAAAACUUCUUCGAAGAUCCGCCGCAAGACACAACUGACGCAACCUCGACCGUCGACCUUGCCAUCCAGUUGUGGACGAAGAUGUUGCUUGCUGAUAGCGAGCGCUUGAAGAGGGCAGAAGACAGCUGCCGAGACAUGAAGAGCUGCUGCCUCGAAGUGCUUGCCGAGCUGGAGGAGGAGCUGGAGGUUGACAGAGUCGGGCUGCGGGAGAGCUUGCUUCGAUGGCAGCAGCGAGAGAGAAGGAGGAGCCUUUCGCUGAAGGCCUUCGGGCUAUGGAGGUGCUGCGAGAGAGAGAAGUCGGACGAGGCAGCAAAGGAGCGGAUGACGCGCAAGCUGAUGGUCAAAGUCUGGAGAUAUCAUGUGAAGUCGAUCAGUGUUAUUCAGCACAGAGCCCUUCGAAGGAUCUCUAUGAUGAGAACAAGCGCGGCAUUCAUGUCAUGGAGAGACUUGGUCCUCAUGGAGAAGGGAGAUGAAAGCAAUCAUCAACUGACAGAAGAGAUCGAGCAUGCGUGCAUUGAACCAGUUGAGAAAGAUCAAUCAGAACCAACCCUCUAUCUACUCCUCUUGCAGAAAACAACCUUUUCCAGUGGAAACAACAUACUCGCCAGCUACAAACUUCCAAAUGCCGCGCAGAAAUAG